GCACAAUAUGGGGAAAAGGGAAGGUUUCCUGUGCUACUUUCUAAUACGAAUGAUAAACACACCACAACGGACAAGAGCUGUCAGAUCGCAGCAGCUCGCCGUAAGGAUGUGGCCUGUAGUCUUCAUCUCUGCUUGUUUUCUAAGGAUUUCAUCAGCUUGUGAGUUUAAGCCUCUGGAGACUGGGAUAGUCUGCCGACUGACUAAGCCAGCAGCCUUGGUGUGUAAGUAUCUACCUUAUUACUGAGAAUAUUUGCAUGUUGCAACAGCCUGUUUAUUGAACAAACACCCAGGGCUGGAAACUUUCACUGCUCUGUAAAUAACCACCUUCCUGGUUAUAGAACCGCUUUAUUCCCUAAACAAUGAAUUGCAAACUUAAGGCUACAAAAGGUCAAAUGGUUUAAAGUGCACAAUUCACACUUUAAUAAAUAAACCAGAUUUAAGGCCAAAGUAGUCAAAUUGGAAAGUUUUUCCAGGUCAGUUAGGUGUAUUUUUCAGCUAUUUUGCCCUGAAAUACAAAAUUCACUUUAUAUUCCAACAAUUCACUCUUUUAUGAAUAGACUCUUAAGUAGCUAGGUAUGUUUCUUUUUCUAAUCACUACCUUCCCCUCUAAUUAGCUGUACAGGGAUCCAUGUAAUUGUGUAUAUACUAGUAAUAUUUAAUAGGCUGUGAUUUGACUACCUAAACCUGCAAGAUUAGGACAAUAUAUCCAUCUCUGAUGUUAUGGCGUAAAUUCAGCUAACACUUUCCUAUAUUAACGCCCCAUGAAAUGUAUAGUAUUUACAUUAAACAGCAGAUACCUUAAGCUUCUACAUAAAGAUUCACCCCUCUCCGUUUAACCAAAUUCUUAUCACAAUAGUAAAUCAGCAAUAAAUUUUUUUUUAAAAAGCACAGCCUCUUUGUGUGGGACUGCAAUUCCCAUCAUUUCCUGUUACAGCCCUAACCAAGCAAAAAAUUACUGGGGGCAAAGCAGUAAAAAAAUAAAAUCUGGGAGACCAGGAAGUAUGAUUUAAAAGGAAGGCUUGGGACAGAAAAACAAAAUCUCAAGGUUAUUUGAUUUACUCCUUUACAGCUCUUCCCAGUGAAGUCAUGAGAAGCAACGCAAAACAGCAUUUCAAUCCUACAGCACACAGCUUUCUCGCAAUCACACAUUUUACAGGGUUAUUUACUAAAGAGAGAGUUUAAAGUGAAUUUCCAAUUUAAGGUAACCGUAGCUGAAUGGAGAGCACAGCUUUAGCUAUUUUGUACUUAAAAUUGAAAUUCGCCUUAAAGUCUUACUCUACUAAAUAAUCUUGUUGGUUUCUCAAUGAAGUCCUGUAACUGCUUGCUGCAUCCAGUGGGUGGAAGUAAAACAGGUUCACUAUUCCCAAUCCUGCUCCAUCACAAAUGUUCAAAUUCCCUUUUUAUUCUAUGCCCUUGAAACCGUCAUUCUAACCUUUUCUAACGUAUCCUAACGAAGGACGGCGAUAUCCAGUAGCUUUCACAAAUUCAGACUUCGAAAUCUCUUCUUGUAUAUUCCCAAAUUACCUGAAAUGUAACCUUUGAAUUUUAAAUAAUGAUUUUUUUUUCCUCCACUGAUAUUAUCCCCUCAAAAUGAAAUAAGUAUUUACUGUGUUGGACUAACUGCUUAACCCCUUAUAUUCAACCCCUCAUAUGUUUUCCUACUUCAUAGAAUGUUAUCAUAUUUUGUGUGAGAAUUGAAUCUGAGAAUUGUAAUUCAUUCUUUCAUCCGGUGUUGUCUUGAUUAUUGCAACUUUCUCUUUAUCGGCCUUGCUGACAAAUACCUAACUCAUCAUCAAUCCAUAUAAAACUUCAGUUACAUAUUUUUACAAGUUUCAUAAAUUGGCCUCAUAUCACUGGAAGACCCUGAAAACUCACUCGCUUCUACCACCACGAUGUCUACAUUUUGACCAACACACAUAUUAUAUAUACCAUACAUGAUACUGUAUCCUAUCUGUUCCCUCUCAUAUUCGAUUGUAACCUUGUGAGUUGGUCUUCAAGCUUUCAUCGCAUGUUCCUCUUUAUACAGAUAAAUGAAUAUACUUUUUACUUAAUGAAUCCAGCAUGGAGGCCCUAUAUUUGUAAGAAGAAGAAUAUCUUAUAUCAAUCUAAUUACAGGGGAUAAGGAUAUGUUAUCUCUGUAAUUUCAAUAUCACAAAUAUAGCCAUUAAAAGGGACACUAUAGGCAUCAAAACAACUUUAGCUCAGUGAAGUGGUUUGGGUGUAUAGAUCAUGCCUCUGCUGUCUCACUGCUUGAUUCUCUGCCAAUGACUCCUCAUGACAAACUGAAAGGCGUUAUGAAAUAGCAAAAAAAUAAAACCACAAUAGAUUUAAAAUCUGGAAAGAAACUAAAUAUAAUAAAAUACUUCCAAACACUGCAGUGUUUUCUGCAAAGUAUAGCAACAACAAACCACAAUCUCCCAACUAAGAAUUUAAAAAAAAAAAAAAAUUAACACAAUACUACAACCCUUACUGGCAGGACAUUUCCUUAUUGUUAUUCUGUUACACAGCGCCUCUGAUUUGGGCAAUGUAUCUACUUCCCCAUGACCUUACAACAUGAGUUUAUAUAUCAUGUGAGCUGACACGCUUAGAGUGCUCUGAAAUGUUAUACAAAAGUGAUACGGCUAGAACGGAAUGAGAAGCUCUGCUUUAUCCUUACUGAGCAGACCAGGAGGACUGAGAGCACCUGAAAGAAUCGUGGACUUGACUCCUUACCAGAUAAAUGCAUAACGGGACACCUGGCACCAUAACCACUACAAUAGGGGCCAAUCAGGGCCAGAUCAAGAGCCCAUUGGGCCUGGAGCUGACAAUUAUGAUGGGCCUAAUUACAGAAUCUUAUCGACCAAAAAUAUUAAAACAGUCAUACCUCCCCAAGCAUCAUGUGAGAUCAUGAGAUGGUGUUGGAGGGAAACUCAAAGGAUGCAGCUAUACAAAAACACAUACUCUAUGCUAAUCUCGCUUUAAUUUAUGAUUUCAUCUUUCAAGUAAAUCCAUACCCCCUAACAGCAGUGUCCAGUGAAGCAGGAAGUCAAAGGGCGGGGCAAAAGGGUGUGCCACAGGCGCCAAUCAUGUGACCAGACCUGCUAGAGGUGCUUCCUGGGGCAGUACUGCCUAGUGUGCAGCACUGCCAUUCUGUGUCUUAACCCUCUGCAUGCAGACACUGAACUUUCCUCAUAGAGAUGCAUUGAUUCAAUUUAUCUUUAUGAGGCGAUGCUGAUUGGCCAGGGCUAUGUUUGACUUGUGCUGGCUCUGCCUCUGAUCUGCCUAGUUGACAGUCUCAGCUAAUCCCACGGGGAAGCAUUGUAAUUUGCUCAGACCACCACUUCUGAUGAUGUCAGCAGACAGAGUCCGUUCAGAGGCAGAGCCAGCAGCUGCAGACUACAGAGUACAAGUAAGAUUUUACUAUAUAUAGGAAGGCAAGAAGGCGGCUAGAUGGUGGUUUUUACAUAAUAGAGUCAGAAAUACAUGAUUGUGUUCCUGACCCUAUAGUGUUCCUUUAAGCAAGAGUAUGUGAAGAGUACUUAGGGUUGCCACCUUUCUUUGAAAAAAAAUUCCAGCCUUAAUCAUUUGUAUAAUUAAUUAGUUAUGCGUGACAUCACAAGGAGUGACAUAAGAGAAAAUGCUGUAAAAUCACAAACUACUCACAGGUUGAUUCUGCUGUAUAGAUGAAUUGCUCCCAAUGUCUCCAUGUCUUCCAGUCUCGCAAGUCACCCAGUGUCCCCAUGUUGCCCAGUCCCCUAGUCUCCCAGUGUCACAAUGUCACUAGGAUACUAGGGGACACAGUGAGACAUGGGGACACUGGGAGACAUGGGGGCACUGAGACACUUGGGAACACUGGGAGAAUUAGGGACACGGAGACAUGGGGACACAAACAUUUGGGGAAACUAAGACACUAGGGACACUGAGAGACAUGGGAACAAAGAUAGUGGAGGACUAGGGGACACAGACACUAGGGACACUGACUGGGAGACAGACACUUGGGGAGACAUGGGGACACUCGUGGACAUAGACAUGGGGACAGACAUUUGGGGACACUGGAAGACAUGGGGACACAGAGACAUAGGGACACAGACACUGGCUGGGAAACACUAGGGACACAGAGACAUGGGGACACAGACACUGGGAGACUAGGGGAAACUGGGAGCCAUGGGGACACUGUGUCCCUAGUGUCUCCGUGUCCCCCUAUGUCUCACAGCAUCCUCAUGUCUCACAGAGUCCCCUAGUGUCUCAGUGUCCCUGUGUUUUCCAGUGUCACCAUGUCUCCCUGAUGCCUUUCUCCCAUCCCUCGCUUACCUUGGCUGUAGAGCUGCUGUCUGGACUUCCCCACGGAUCAGUAAGUAGUAGAGAGAGGCAGGGAAAUGCUGUAACUUCCUAUCCCUGCCUCUCUCCACAUACAGUGCCUACUGGCCGGUGCUGGUAUUGCAGAGUAAUCUCCGUUUAUACUGAGAAAAAUACCAGCUGUGCCAGUAAAAUACCAGUCAGGUGGCAAACCUAAGAGCAGUGUGUAAAAAAAAAAAAUAUAUAUAUAUAUAUUUUUUUUAAUGGGCCUAUUUCACGGACCUGGAGCUGCAGCUCCAUCAGCCCCUAUGUUAAUCUGGCCCUGGUAAUGAGUGGUGUAUAAUAAGAAUAACAGUAUUAAAACUGCAUAGCACAUAUUAACUAGAUGAUCACUGAGCUACACAGUAAUAAAACUCACAAUAGGAUUUGAAUUUUUUGUAAAUCUACUAAAAAAAUAAAUGCUCACUUUUAGGUGCACGGUAAAAACAAAAACACAUUGGUGUGUUCUAACCCCCAAGAUCAGCUUCAUGUACAGCAGGAUGCCUGCAGUGGCAUCUCCAGGAUUCAUACUUAGGGGGGGGCACAUCAAGGGGCCAGGGACAAAAAUAGGGGGGCACUUUUAAAACGUGUGUGUGUGUAUGACACACACACACUGAACAAAAUUAUAAACGCAACACUUACUUUUGCCCCCAUUUGGUACACAAAAGGCCUAUUUCUCUCAAAUAUUGUUCACAAAUCUGUCUAAAUCUGUGUUAGUGAGCACUUCUCCUUUGCCGAGAUAAUCCAUCCACCUCACAGGUGUGGCAUAUCAAGAUGCUGAUUACACAGCAUGAUUUUUGCACAAGUGUGCCUUAGGCUGACCACAAGACACAGUGUGCCUGGAUGCCUGUGUACAGAGCUGAGCUUCCUCUCCCUGUCUCUCCCCUGCACUGCUCUCUAUGACCCAGGAAGAAGUCCCCCAGCCCAGCGCUCCCUCUGGUCGCAUGUGGGAAAAGUGUGGAACACAGUUCCACAGUGACAGUGCUGCUGCAGCUUAAGAAGGGAGACACAAUUCUCCCCACUUCAAUUUAGGGGGCACUGCAUGAUGUAGGGGGAGCUCAUGAGUAUCGCUGUAUACACUGACACUUAGUUUUCUCUAGCGCAAAACAUGUACUUAAUUAAUACCUUAUAUUUUACAUUAUUACUUAUUAAGUAAAGUUUAGAUGGUAAUUUUAUCUGGGUACAACAUCCAAAUGUCUAAUGUCCUGUCCCUGUAUGUGGAGAAAGUAUACUGAAUAUUUUGGGGCCAUUGACAUCAGAAACACCAGAUCUCACCCUAUUUGCCCUUGUACCCCAUCAGUGAACGAACAGACUGCGCAAGUUAUCCAGGCUGCAUUCCAACAUGCGUCAAUUCCGGACAUAAAUGGAGAGAGAGGCGUCAGGUUUUUGGGAAAAGUGACAUAUGGUCUAACCAAGUAAGUCUCAUUGUGUCUCAGUCUUGUAAUGUAUAUGAGAAGACAUAUCUAGUAACUAUGAAUGGCUCAGUUAGGUGAUAGAGACUCUGACCUGAUGUGGAGUGAGCAAAACAUUAGAGAUUAAAGACUUUUUUUGUUUUUGUAAUUCUUUAUUUUUGAUAGUGCAGUGAUAGACAGGCAUGUUUGGAGUGUCAUAUCCACAAGAUGAUAUGUCAAACUAAAUUGCAGUACAAUGUAUGACUUGACAAGAUAUAUGCACUUAAUUUACAGAAGUAUGAAAAAUAAUAAAACAACAAGAUAACCAUUACACCUGCAGAUGAUUCUCAGUAAAAUAUGGAAUUCUGGGGUAUGUCAUGUCCUAGAGUUGGUAUGAGCUUAUGUUAAACAAGGUACAAACAUUGAGUGUGUAGGGACAUGUACACUGAGAUAUAAGGGUGUAAAGGCAAAAUAAAACCAACUACAGGAGUAUGUAAAAGGAAAUCAAUAAAGGUAACCACUUGGUACACUCCUAAAUAGAGUGAGACUUCAUAUAAGAGUGAGAUAAGCUAAGCUAUGUAGGCCCCACAAUGUAUCUGUUCAGCCGAUGCCAGCCCGACAGCAUCCACCACAUAGGAGAGGGAUAAGUCCCAUAGUCCCCAGCCAUUCCUCCCACCAGCCCCUGACCUCUGCUUGAUUCAUACCACUCGGCUUGCUGCUCCAGUCAUAUCCAGUGACCCAAGCAGGGUCCCGGGAGUCCUCUGUGUGUGAGAGCCGCUUAUACCAGCCAUGAGCAUCCCCAGUGUGUGAGCUGAGUGGAUGGCAACGACCCCAUGUGGAUCUUGGUCUGGGUGACCGGUCUUAUGGCGUGCCACCUGUUUCGAUCUCUCCUUCACCUGCCUCAUCGGUAUUGGGAGCAUGAUGCCACAUGGAGCAGGCUUUGCUCGACGGGAACACUGUGCAGCUAUAGGCGAGGGAGGGGUUUUCCCUGUGCGCUUUUGUUGUCGGAGGCCUGAGUAGAUGGGAAAGGAGCACAUGAGUGGUUGCUCAUGUGAAGCCAGAACUCCUGGCACAUCCUGUCGAAUUUGACCUCGAAUCGUACCCGCCAUGCCAGACUCUGUAGGCCCAGUUGACUAGGAGGCUGCAGGGCGUCAGCCAUCCUGGAUGGGCCUUGUGCCCGCUGGGACAGCUGAAGUCGUAUUCAUUGCUAUAGAGAGGUACGUUUUCCCAGUGGGGACUGGGAUAUCCCCCUCUGGUCCAAGCAGGGGGGGUUACGGGCUGCAGAAGAGUUGAUUGGAGUCCCGCAACCCUAGGAGGGAGAUCGGCCACCUCUCCCAGCCAAGGGGCUGCCGGAUUUGCUAGGCGCAAGGCCAGACGUUAAAGGACCACUCUAGGCACCCAGACCACUUCAGCUUAAUGAAGUGGUCUGGGUGCCAGGUCCCUCUAGGAUUAACCCCCUUUUUUUUUUUAUAAACAUAGCAGUUUCAGAGAAAAUCACAGUGAGAACACGCAAGCUAAAUGCUUUCCUAUGAGACCGGCUGAAUGCGCGCGCAGCUCCUGCCGCGCGUGCGCAUUCAGCCGAAGGGGAGGUGAAGAGGAGGAGAGCUCCCUGCCCGGCACUGGAAAAAAGGUAAGUUUUAACCCUUUCCUUUCCCCAGAGCCGGGCGGGAGGGGGACCCUGAGGAUGGGGGCACCCUCAGGGCACUAUAGUGCCAGUAAAACUAGUAUGUUUUCCUGACACUAUAAUGGUCUUUUAAGUUUGCUUCUCGGAGUGGCACUUUCUGGGACCAGGAGUGUCCCCUAAGUUGCUUAGCAGACUGCUCUGUGCCCUGGGCUGUUUCUAGUUGCAGUAAAAGUAGUUUAGGCAGGGUUAAAGCUCAAAUUUGCCAGAGCUGCUUAUUUACUACAAGGAGGUUAUGGCACUAGAGAAAAGAUAUGGGCCAUCAGGUCAUUAUUACUGUAGGCUGCCAUAUUGUCCUCCUUUUAGAACUUUGCUCCACUUUUGUAGAUAACGACACUGAAAGGGUUAAUGCUGUUCUGGACUCAACUCAACUCCCCUCGAUUCUCCGGUCACCAUAAUCAAUAUUGAUGGAGAAUCAUUGUGAGCAAUAAAGACACGGACACCACAAAUGUGCUUUAACAAGAUUCUCAAAUGAGUGUAUUUUCAGGGCUAGCAUUUAUACACAGUUUGUCACACAAGCAGCGAGAUUUAUCUCUUCCUUAUAGUUAGUAGUACAUACUUGUCUGACAUUAAAAAGAUAAGCAUUUAAAUAAAGACAGGACAGGAACAUCCUGAGGUCGAGCGAGGUCAUACACCCUGUAGAAGGGAGGCCUCUCAGAGCAUGUUACAGAAUACAUCUGCCAAGGUCAGCAUAAUUAUUUCAAACAUUAUUUUAAAGCAUAUAAAGCAAAAAGAGUUUAACUAUGUCAUAUCCUUAUAGACACUUUGUUAUAUAACUAAAUAAAAUACAAUGGGGGAGAUUUGUCAGACUGCCGCCUAUUGGUUAUUUUUAUUAUCUUCCUAUACUAUAUGCAGUGAGGAUGAUUAACUCUUUUAUAGAACCAUAUAGAUGGCAUUUUAAUGGUAUGUCCCUUGAAAUCUGCAUUCUAGCCCCCUUGUUAUGAUAUUCCCCAGGGUUAUCUUUUCUGUGUUGUGCCGCCAUAAUUACAAUCGUGUAUACGUAUUUAGAAAUAUUUUUUCACCAUAUGUUAAUGUGGACCAUGAAAUACCAGAUCUUUUAUUUGUUUUGUUUAAGGAACACUAUUGGGUCAAGAACACAAACAUGUAUUCCUAACCCUAUACUGUUAAAAUCACCAUCUAGCCACCAUCUUUAAAAUUGGAGUGGGACCUAGCAUUUCUCCAAGUACAUUGCCAAAACCCAGUAUGGCUGGCGAUCCCUCAUUUUCUGGGGCACUUCAGCAGCACUCCCAUGGCUGUCAGACAAUUCAGUCACUAGAAUGCUGUGUUUGGGGACACAUCCUGCUUUGAUUUUAGGAUCCAAGAAGAUAAUGUGCAAUCUGUUUCUCUCCACCUUAGCAUCCAGAUCAGUAAUUUGUCAAUUGAAAGCAGCGAAGUAGAACUGAGAGAAGACGAUGCUAUUAAUAUUGUCAUCAAAAACGUAAGCUCGUCAAUUAAAGGAAUCCUGAACUAUGGAUACGGUUCCUGGUUGUAAGUAUUUACCCACCAAUGAUCAAGGGAAUGCAGAUAAGCAUACACACUGUGAAUUUGUCAGAGAUUUAUUGAGAAGUACAUGCAUAUUUUUGAUACCUGCUAUAAACAGUUUGCUUUAUGUACAUUAUAUAAUGUGUUCUAACAGCAGAUCACAGACAAGGGACAGCUAUAGUACAGCUUAGAUUGUUUCAGGGUUGGUAAAGCCUGCCAUAUAGGUUUAUAUAAUACUGGGAGUAUUUUAUGAAUCAAUUAAAAAAAAAGGGUAAUUUUAUUUACCUAAAUACCAUACAAACCCUAACCUAAAAGGAGGAUCUGAAGCAGAACUCCUUUCACUGAGCAAACAAGGUGGGAUGAGAGACCAGUUAAUCAGAUUUUGGUUUUCCUUCCUAAUCCAUCCCUCACCCAUCCAUUUUCAGGAGACCAUUGCAGACACUGCAUAAGUUGCUCUCCCCAGUCUACAAUCACAAUAUAUCCACGCUGGGAAUGACUUUGAGCCAUAUGUAUAUCUUAGAACUCAUAGGCCCCAUUAUUUUAUGCCUGAACCUAGGCCCUGGGCGCCCCCAUCUUUGUGUGGGCAGAUGAAGUCCCUGUGGGACACGUCAUCUGCCCACACUAGAUAGCGCUAUGAAAUUCCCUUGCAUGCCCAGUUAAACACUGGGGCAUUCGGACGGGAAUUUUGUCAAUUCAUUCGUCAGAAAUACGAAUUAAUGAAUAAACAUUUCCAGCGAAUACCUCUUUUCCUCAUUGUAAUAUGUAAAAAUAGAAGCGUCAGGGAGCAGUGCUCCCACUUCUUCCUAACUCCCCCCAUGUCCUCCCUCACUAUAUGGGGGUCAAUGUGACACCAUAAUAGCAUUAGGAGCGAUUAAAAUCUCCCAAAUGCCCCUACUCGCUAUACCGCGUGUAGGAGCAUGUCUACUAAACAGUGAGCUGCAUCCGAAUCAAUUAAUGGGGGACCUAGUACAGGUCCCCUUUUGUUGGGCAUCUAGAAAAAUAAUUAACAGGGGAGGACAUAGUGUGGGGGCUAUUCCACGGAACGGCAGCGGCUGAGGGCCGUAAUAAUGAAGGGUGGGGGGGCAUACUGCCUCCACCUAUGACCAGAAUCAAAAUGGGGGAGGACCUAUUGUCUCCCUGCCCCUCCGGCCCCCACCCAUGAGCGGCGGAUGGGUGCCCUAAGUAACAAAAUGGGAGGGGACCUAUUGUCUCCCCCCCAGUCCCCACCCAUUGGCGACAGGUGGGGGCUAAAGGUAAAAAAUCAGCCCCCCUCACAGGCGUUGGGACCCCUAUUCACCCCCCAUCCCAAUAAAAUUAAACACUACCUGCCCUGGGGCCCUCCCCCUGUAGUCAACACCCCUCCACCACCCUCCUCCCAUACGUCUAUCGUCCCCCUCCUAUACGUUACCCCCUCCCCCACACAUGCAAACAGAUACACAUGUAGACACACACAUACAGAUACACAUGUAGACACACACACAGACAAACAUACAGACAGACACACACACACAGACAUACACAUACAGACACACAGACAUACACACUGAGACAUGCACACACUAACAUACGGAACACACAGACAGACAUACACACACACACAGGCACACAUACCAGUGGUGGCUCAGGCUGAUGGGAGUCAGGGUUCCCACUCUGACUCCCUCUCCUUCCUCCCACGCAGCUCCUGGUGGUUGCUGGUAGGAAGUGACCGGGGCAGUCACUUCCUCCCAGCCUCUAUCAUCAUCAGAGGGGAAUUACAUAGCAUCAGGUGGCCCUAACAACAUGGGCCACCCAAUGGGCCCCUUCAAUGCGGCCCCCGGGGCUUAUACCGUGCAGGCCGGGGCCGCAUUACUCAGCUGGCGGGACCCCCGGUCACAAGGGUCCGCAGGCGGCCGGGACCCCUCAGGUGACAGGCCCGGUCACAACUGUGACUCUUGAGACCGUGAUAAUUCUGCGACCUCUUCUUUUGUUAUUACGGCUCAUAGGUAGGGGUUGCGGGGGGAGUGGGGGUGUGGGGGGAAACCUGUUCCAUUGAAUAGUCCCCACUCGCCACAGGCUGCUCACUGUUUAGUAGACAUGCCCCUACUUGCGGUAUAGUGAGUAGGGACAUUCGGGAGAUUUAAAACUUCCUUAUUCACCAAUGCCAAGUAAUCAUUACUUAGUAUUAGUAAAUAUGGCUGAAAGACCAAUUUAGGUCUUUCAGCUUUUUAGUAGAUAGCUCCCUGAUACCGUGGGAAUUAUGGAGCUUUCUACUCACGGCACGAAUAGAUCAGCAUUUCAUUAAUUCAAAUGAAAUUCUGAUCCGAACAAAAGUCCAGAAUGGCGUCCUAACAUGAAUGAACAAAGUGUUCUCAUUCUGUUAAGAUGAAAUUCGGUAGUUUUGCCGGCGUCCUGUCUUUUCGACAGGACGUUCGCUAAUACUGAAAGCAGGCAUCGCGAGAUCACGGAGCAAAGUGUGAGCACUGUGGGAAAAUUUCGCUGACCCACAGGAAGUGGGUCAGAGCUGGUCAGGCGUAGGAAAAAUACAUAAAACAAAGUAGUCCCUACUUUGUCUUAUGUUUUAUAGAAAACUAGAACAGAUAGGAAGAAAUGGAGAACAGAUCCUGACAGAGGGAGAGAAGAGAAAGCAAUUAUGGAAAGGUAAGUUCGGCAUGACCGUGCCACUUUAAAGCAGAAUCGAAGGGAGAUCCGCAAAUCCCCAAAUCUAAUAAUCAAUCCUGUGCUUUGAGAACUCCUUAAAGAAACUUCUAUCCUCUAGUCUAACUCGAGGCCUGAUUGCAGCAAUUCACCUAUUGUUAUAUUCUGACCACAAGGAUUAGCCUUUGUUAACAAAUUAAUACGAUCAGUGUCUUGUUAUAUAAUUUUGAGUAAAAUUAAUUUUAUUUUAUCUAGUGUACAUGUUGGACAUUCUAUUGAGUUUGAGAUUGACUCAUCUACCGAUUUGGUAAUAAACAACAAACUCGGUAAGUAUACAGUAUAUAAAUAUAUAGUGCUGACUUAUUAAUUAUUGUUGGUUUCAUUUAUACUGUGUUCCAAUCACUGCCAUGUAUAUUCUGAGAAGCCUUAGUGUAAAUAAAUAUUGAGGGGGUAAAUUAAAUCAUUGCUGGCAUGCAAAACGCAUGUUUGAUGAAAUAAAUCUUUCAUAAAAAAAAAGAUCUGUACUAAAAUGAAAAUACAUAGUAUACUAUCUAAAACUCCUAAAAUUCUGAAUGCCUAGAGGGGCACGUUAACUUAGAGGGAGCGGCUGAAAGUGUCGUUAGGACAUUUUAGGCGAUUUUAUGACUUACUAAUCAGCAAUCGUGAAAUUGAAAAUGAAAUAUAGAACAAUCUCAAAGUAUCAUACUUACACCGACUGAUAUGCAAACACAUUUAUUGGAGUUUCGAGAAACUUUACUGUAUGAUUUAUUGCUCUGUAGCUGUGUUAUGGAUGCAUACAGGCUCAAACAUCUUAACGCCUAGAAAAAAACAUUAAACCCUUAGCAGCACAGCCUCGUUGUGUCAUUAUGCCCUUUUUGCUGUUUGUUCAAUCAUAAUUUCUAUCUUUCCCACAAUAUAUUAUAUACACACACACACACACACACACACACAACCCCCCAAUAUAUUAUAUACACACACACAAACACAAACCCCCCAAUAUUCCCACAAUGUAUUAUAAACACACACACACACACAAACCCCACAAUAUAUUAUAUACACACACACACACACACAAACCCCCCAAUAUUCCCACAAUAUAUUAUAUAUACACACACACACACAACCCCCCCAAUAUAUAUAUGGGAAGGCGAAGCCUGAAGCUGUGGGAGGGGUUAUCUGGCCUGUAAAUACACAGGCCUCCCCUCUGCCUGGUUAAACUCACCCAUCGUUCCCUUUAUCAACCCAUUCAAUUGUGGUGGGUCCUCUUUUAACAGGCCUACCCGAAAAUCGGUUUCGGCACACUACAACCAACUUACACCACCACUGCUACAACUCGGCUUAUUGUCCCUGACCACAAAUGUAUAAAUCUUAUAGAUUUAAAAAAAAAAACUGUUUUACCUAUUACAAUAUGUUUCAUUAGUGCAACUAAUGAAAAUUUGGUUAUAUGUUCUGAUUUAAGGUAAUUACAGGUCACAAGUAUCAAGGAAAAAAACUCUACAUUUUUUACGUUUAGUGCAUUUGGCCUCUAAGUAAUCCGUCCAGACUAUGUUCAGCUAAUAACCCCAUGUAUAACUUUACUAGAGUUUUGGGAGUUUACAGGGCCAGUUACAGACUUGUUCUUGUCAAACCUUAACAUUUUGAUAGGCUGAGUUUCAAAGCCCAGUUCUCAUUUUGGGACAUUUUAGCACCCAAUCUGUUCAAAUUCCUCUGAAUGCACAGCACUUGAAAAGUAGACACCCGGUUUAUUUUACAAGAUAUGAUAUAUUUUGAGCCUUAUUGUUCUACUAUUUCCACCAAAUUCUUUCAAAAUGUGUGUUAUUCUUUUGCAUACAUAAUGCAUACAGUUGUGCAGUGCAUAUUGGAAACCUGAUGUUUGCGAUCUAAUACAAAAACAUUAAGAUGUGCUCAGCUAUAUCGCUCGAGUACACAAAUAGCUUUGCCAAGUUUUGGGGGCGUUACAUUAUACAUCCCCCCAUUUCGUGUUAAACACAGCACUGCUCCUGAGGCAUUUUAGAAGCUACUAAAGAAGUGCAAACUUUUUGAUAAAUCAGAUACUGAUGUGUCUCACGUUACAUUUUGAGCUUUACUAUGGCUGAUUUUUUUUUAUUUUUACACAAAAUUAUUUCAAUUUAUUGGAAUUUUGCCAUGUAUUUCAGAAACCAUGUGUGCUACUGUAGAAAAAAAUUAUAAUUGUGUUCUGCAAUAUCUCAUGUGUACAUCAAUAACCCUGUCUAUAUAUUUUAAAUUUUUGUGAAGUUAGGCCCCAAAUUACAGGCCUGCCCAUUUCACAGAGGAGCAGUACAGCCUCGGGUGUGUUGGGGAGCUGAAUACCCUUGCAGAGACGUGCAGCCUCUGGUGUUGUAUAGCUAGGGGCAAUGUGUAGAUUGGAGAAGCUUUGAAGCAAAUAAUGUUUUCCAUGUUUGGAAUCACUGACCCAAGGACUCUGUAAUCCGCAGCUUGCACGAACAGACGGGUUGCUGCAGACACAUCUGACUGUUAUCUGACGUUUCAUAAACUUCAACUGCAUCUUCACGGAAACAAAGAGUAAGAUAUGACCAGUUCUAUCUAGUCCUUUUAUCCAGCCAAAAGCAAAAUAUAUGGAUUACGUGAAAAAAAUACAUAUUCUAUUUGUUGUCAUACUUACCUUACUCAGGCUAGGCCAAAAUGUGUCUGUUUCAUUUUAUUAUCAUUUAUAAAGCGCCAACAUAUUUCGCAGCACUUUACAAUUCUAAAAUGGGGUUAUUAGACAAGUAAUUACAUACGUUCUAUCCAGAGACCAGAGGUGAAGAAGGACCUGCUAAAACAAGCGUAUGUAUUUGUGAAGAAAUCCCCUUUUUGUUGUAUUAUGUAUACCCAUUGCAUUCCCUUUUGUUACACUAUUUCUGCCCAUUGCAUUCGGUAGCUGUAACUACCGAACAAAGACCACCCCUCUGGCUCGUUAAACAUCAAAGUCUGGUUCAAUUGCUACCUCUGUCUGUGCGGCCAGCGUUCGUACAGACGAACGCCACGUGGCAGAGAAAACCGCGGCCAUCUUUGUUCAUGUGAACAAAGGCAGCGGGACCUGGUCGUCGAGUGUAUGGAACUGAAAACGGACACUCGACUUCCUGAACACCGGUCCCAAACAGAUGAACGCUGGAACUCUAUUUACCGAAUAGCUAGAAGAGCGCUAUUCGGUAGUUUGGUGUAUUCGACAGAGGGGCACUAACGCUGCUAGGACCCAGAGGGAUCCAUUCGGUACUUUAUUCCUUUUUCUGCUAUUUCUAAAGUGACUGACAAAAAAAUUCAUGGAACUGUUUUGGGCAUACAGCCCAGGGUGAGCCGGUCACAGAAGACAUCCAUAGUUUUCGCGAACCCCUGAACCGAUCUGGGUGAAAUUCGAAUAUGUUGGUCACCCAGAUCAGGGCUAUCAGGGGACAUAUUAUUUGUGGGGAUACCCCAAGUAUAAAGGGGUGUUCCAGUUAUUGGGGAAAAAAAGUGAUUUUUCAGCCCGGAGAUAAUUAAGUUACUAUCUUAUCAGACUUCUUCAGGGCUAGGGGAGGGAACUGUAGGUGUGUGUUAAAGUUUUACUGUAUAUGAUUGGUGAAUAUUUGUCCCUCCCUGAGGGUUGUCCCCUUGGGGACUUGCAUAAAAGCUGUGUGCACCCAUUAAAAGUUAGUUCAUCUUGUACCCUUCUUCUUGACUUCGGCUGAUGUUUGGGGAUUCGUGUGUUUCACUAAGGGAAUCGUCUUGUGAAGCUAUUACUAUAUGGUUCGUCUAUUCUAUCUACCGAACGGAGGGCUAUAUCACUAAGGCUCUGGCGGUUCGGGAGGAAACUACCGAAUGAGGUUUAAAUAUACUUGGUUUCCUUACAGUAUUAAAGUAACACUCAGUGCACUGUAGUGGUUAUAUUUCGUAAAACUUUCACUUUGCACCUGGAUUCCACCAGGUAUUGCCCCGCAGCUCGUCUCAGCAUUCAUCAUUAGGCAUAAGUCGCUAUUACUAUACUGUCACCACUCAAGCCAUACCACUUCCGCUGCACUGAAGACACCCACACCCAGAGAAAGAGCGGUCCAUUGUUGCUACAAAAGAGAUAUGCUCCACCUCUGAAUACCAUGCAGCGACACUCAUAUUUCUCUCCAAAUUCUCGCCAUAUUGUGAGCAAUAUAUAUACUCAUUGUAAGGCUUCUAUCCUCCUAGAGAGACACGGCAUUAUCCAUUGGUUCUAAGUCUACAACAAAACUAAUUGUCCGAUCUUUCCAAUCAAUUGCUCUACCAUUAUGUGGGGUGAUGCUGCUAAUUACUCAAAGGCAGAUAACCACUAAACCCCUGUAAAGAUCCCAAACCUCCACGUCAACACUUUACUCAAUGCAUUACUAAGAUCUGACGGAUCUGCAGACAAUGACCAUCUCGCCACUGUUCUGAUAUAUGUUAACGCAAAAAUCUAAAUAGACAGAGUCAAAUUAAGCUUUCUUUUAAUUGCAACAAUGGAGAGUUAUGUUUUGUUUUGUAAUAAUUGUAUGUUUUAAAAACCAGAAAAAAAUCUGCCUUUAAAAUAUAAGAAAAAUAACACGUGAAAAUUGUCACCCCCUACAGUCCUGGAUGGCUACGGCAGCUUUUCACAGAUUUCAUCUCUUUCACCUUAAAACUUGUACUUAAAAGUCAGGUAAGAAACAAGCUAUUUGUAUAUCUCCUGUGAUACGUUUUGAAACCAGAACUUCCAACUCUAUUUAAAACCGAUUUCAAAAUGCAUUGAAUAUUAUGAGUAGGCUACCUUUGCACUUACAAUGGUACUAAAGUUUAGUUGUUUUUUUUUCCCCUCCUGAAAAAUACGACAGCAAUUACUUUCUCACAAAACAGGAAGAAUACUCACAAAAAUCACAGAUUCCCAAUGCAAACUUUUCCAAAAGUACCAAAAAACGUGCAAAUUGUGUGGAAAUCUACUACAUGUCAGAUCAGCAGUAUAAAUCAAGAACUGUGAUCUUUACCCUUGUGGGCAGUGUAGCGGCCCAAUUUGUUUUUUGUUCUCACUACCUUUACAAAUUAUAUCAGGAUUAUUCACUAAAGUCCGAAUGGGCCCCCGAACCAAAUAGGGCAGAACCAUCGGCUGAAUACGGUGCCAUUUGGAUUGCAAAAUCUGGAUGUUGUUCAUGGAAUUCAUCAAUGUCCGGAUUUUGUAAUUCUGGCCCUGAAAGGGUCUAAAUUUGGUCUGGAUUUCAACUGGGCCGAUCUGUGCCGAACAGCUAAAAUUUGGACAAAUUGUUCCAAAUCCAGGAUUUAAAGAAUGCAACUCCAAGCCCAGAUUUAAAAAAAAAAAAAAAAAUGCACAAGGCUAGCCUUCCACCACCUGGAAAAAGUAAAAAAUAUUUUAUUAGAAAAACAGAAUCAGUCUGCCGAAUCGAAUACUUCCCGCAUUUGGCUGUAGUAAAUCUGAGAAUUGUGGUUGGAAUUUGGCCAUUUUCACAGGAUAGUGUCCAUUAGUGAAUAACCCAGUUUAUGUAGUCUUGCUUGUGACUGCUUAUUUUGUCAGGGAAUCAUGUUUUUAUAUCAUUGUACCCAGUGAGUAUUGCCAUAUUGUAUUAUUCACAGCAAUAUGUCCAUUCUUAGUAUGUUUACAAUAGCGGCUGUGUUCUUGGCCACUUUAUUUGUGAGAGCUCUACAUUGUCACGGUGAGCGAAAUCACAAAUUUUUUAUGCAAAAUACACAUUGCGCUUAAGUUGCGCACUUCAAGAAAAUAAACAGUGAUGGCGAACUGUGCUACUCCAGAUGUAUGCAAUGGAUAUUUUCCUUGAUGAGAAUUCUGGGUAAUAUAGUUUAAAAUUAUUCAGAGUACCAAUGUUAACCAUUAGUGUCAAGAUUCUCUCUUGUUUAAACUCUUAUUGUUCUAUGUUACAGAUCUGUAAGGAGAUAAACUAUGUGGCCAAUUUACUUGCAGAUUUUAUCCAGUACAGAGCAGGUAAAUUCAUUUUCUAUUUAUUUUGAGAUUUACUUCGUACCAGCACUGGUUAACUGAUUAUCGUCUCUGGAGAAUCUUUUAGUAAUGCUGUAAAUGGGGCAGGGGUAUGUUCCUAUAGACGGACAGGUAUAGAGUGUUGUAGGAUGUACAAUAUUAAACUAGAUUAUGUAACUUUAUUAUUUUAUCAUUAUAAUGUUGUAGCUCUUGCAGUAUAUUAGUAUAACAGUUUGAAUAUAAAAUUAAUAAAGGGAAUUGUUCUCUAAUUGGGCUAUUUGCAGUUGCUCCAAAACCAAAUGUAGCCCCUCACUGAUUGACAGAAUUUGUUUAUUCACUUUUGUGUGUGCCACUAAUAAAUUCAGCUUUUCGUAUAUAGAGUGAUCCAUUUACACUCACUACACCCCCUAUACACAUACACUACACUGGCUGUACGCCCUAUUCACACACAUUAUCCCCUACAUAAAGACAUUACAGCCCCUAUCCAUACCCCCCUCCCUCCUCCCCCCUCCUCUCCCCCCCCCACACACACACUACAUAUUCUAAUACACACACUCAAGGCAACCUUCUAGCCCCUAGAGAUAUUCUCUACAGCUUCUAUACAUGCACACUCACACAUAGACUACAGCCCGUAGCCACACACAGCCCAGUCUACACACUCACAAUCCCACAAGCAGCCUCCAUGCAAAUACAGCACAACAGGCAGCCUCCUCACACAUGCACAACACUCUUUAGCAGCUCUCAACCACUUUUAUCCUUUGGUAUCCCACUUAUGGGAAGACCAGAGACAAUUAACCAGUAAACCCAGCACAAACACAAUGCAUCUUCCCCACGGGCUGUCCUGGAGAGGCAUCAAACCAAAAAUCAUUUUAGGAAAAAGUGUGCUCGUCAUUGGUGACACCAUGACAUCUCUAGUUUAUUGCCCCUCACUGCAUCCACUACACCGACAGACUCUGAAUUCACUACACUAACACACACUCUGCAUCCACUGCACUGACAGACUCUGAAUUCACUACACUAACACAGACAACAUCCACUACACUAACACACACUCUGCAUCCACUACACUAACACACACUCUGCAUCCACUACAUUAACAUAGACUCUGGAUUCACUACACUAACACACACUCUGCAUCCAUUACAUUAACAUAGACUCUGGAUUCACUACACUAACACACACUCUGCAUCCACUACAUUAACAUAGACUCUGGAUUCACUACACUAACACACUCUCUGCAUUCACUAUCACAGCAUCUACUAUACACACUCUGCAUUCAUUACACACACUCUGCACCCACCGCACACACUGUAUCUAAUACACACAAACACCAUGUCCGUUACACGUGCACUCUGCAUCCAUUAGACACAUUCUAAUUCUACAUCCACUAUACACACAGCACAUUCAGUCCUGCGUCAUUGUGGGUGAACUCAGUAAGAGCAUUGUGGGCGAACUUGUGAGUGGGGCUCUGGGGGCCCAGAUCUUCAGCUUGGUCAGGAGCCCCAAAAUUUCUGAUGGCAACCCUGCCCUUCCCAUUGGACUGCUUGACUUUGAAAUGACCAAGUCGAAUCUUUGUUCCAGCCCGGUCCUGCUUUAAGCAAACAUGCACUGCCUACCCCACUUAUCUAUCCGAGUCAAGUGUGAAUUGUUAUAUCCCUAGCAUACAUGCAUUGUUAUCACUAGAACGGUCAGGUUUUGGUGAUGGGGAAGCUGUUUAAAAGCAAAAGGUAAAAGGUGAACAAACUGUAAUAUAAUAUAUAAACUUAUUUUACAGCACACAAUAGCAAGAGCCGCGCGCAUUCAGCCAGUCUCAUAGGAAAGCAUUCACAAUGCUUCACUAAAAACACUGGCGUCUUCUCACUGUGAAAAUCACAGUGAGAAGCACGUAAGCGCCUCUAGCGGCUGUCAGUGAGACAGCCACUAGAGCAGGGGUUCUCAACCCAGUCCUCAGGACCCCCUACCAGUCCAGGAUUUGGGGAUUACCUGGGUGUGUCUCAGGUGUUUAGAAAAAGGGGAAAAAACACCUUAGACUCUAAGGUGUUUUUUUUUCUAAACACCUUAGACACACCCAGGUAAUCCCUAAACCCUGGACUGGUAGGGGGUCCUGAGGACUAACGUUGAGAACCCCUGCACUAGAGGCUGGUUUAACCCUAAUGUAAACAUAGCAGUUUCUCUGAAACUGCUAUGUUUAUAGAAAAAAGGGUUAAACCUAGCUGGACCUGGCACCCAGACCACUUCAUUAAGCUGAAGUGGUCUGGGUGCCUAUAGUGGUCCUUUAAAUCACUUUGUUUCUGUUUAUGCAGCCCUUGCCACACCUCCCCUGGCUCUGAUUGACACAGCCUGCAUGAAAACAAAAACUGGUUUCACUUUCAAUCAGAUGUAAUUUACCUUAAACAAUUCUAUCUCUUGCUCUGUAAAUUGAACUUGAAUCACAUACAGCAGGCUCUUGCAGUGUCUAGCAAGCUAUUAACAUAGAAGGGGAUAAGAAAAUCCAAAUUAUAUAGAACUUGCAAUAAAGAAAGCAUAAACUUUAGAUGACUCUUUACGGGAAGUGUUUAGGAAGGCUGUGCAAGUCACGUGCAGGGAGGUGUGACUAGGGUUCAUAAACAAAGUGAUUUAACUCCUAAAUUGCAGAGAAUUUAGCAGUGAGGCUUCAGGGGCAUGUUCUAUAUACCAAAACUGCUGCACUAAAACUGUUUAGUUGACUAUUGUGUCCCUUUAACUACCAGUACCCAAGGAUGAUAUUGACUCCAUUCUAAUCCUAGCCCUGCAUGAGGACGUAGCUAUCAAGCAAAAACAAAAACAAAAUCCAGAUAAUUUGAUCCCAAAUAACCUCAGGGGGGAGGAUUUAUUUGACUUUGACAAGUUUACAGAUCCAUAAUCUGAACAUUAUUUGCAUAUGCCCAAAUGCUGUAUCAAAUGAAAAGAUCAUUUUGCUAAGUGAUAUUGAUGGAGAAUGUACUUAUUUAUUACUUAUUGCUCAUAUUUCUUUGCAGGGGAUUUCUUGACUUCUGGGGAUAUAGGAGUAAACAUUGAUUUAACAUCCUUUCCUGUUACAAAAGCGAAUUACUUGGAAACCCAUCACAAGGUCAGUGGUGGGGGGAGGUGGAAUUCCAGAGCAGUCCAACGGAGGCCUAAAAACAAAUGUGUCUACAGAGAAUUCACUGAAACAUCAAAAUAAAUGCUGCAUGAUGUAUACAUGUACAGGGAAACCUAAAUAUUUUUGGUCCCAAAUCCCUCUGUCCCUCUUUUCCAUCCUAAUGUCCCUAUUUUCUAGGAGCUCCAUAUUGUUGGUGUCUGAGUGUAUAAUAGAGCUCCACAGUUAUAAUACUCAGAGUAAUGUGUCUUUAAACUACAAUAAAUGUGUUUGGAAAUCAAUCUGUGUAAAUAAGAUACGUUGCUCUAAAUUACAUUUUAGUUAUUAGUAAGACACCAUUGCCCCACUCACACCCCUAAAAUGAAAGUGUCCCUCUUUGUCCAUGUGAAAUGUUGGGAGGUGAGCGACUUGUGGGGACACAAUAGCCACUUACGGUGCAAUUUUAAAUACUAUUUUUAGAAUAUUUCAGCACUCAACUUCUUAAAUUUUAUCUUGAUAUUAAAGAGACACUUUGAUAGUACUUUAAUGAGUUAAAUAGGUUUUGGCCAUAUUAAUAUGCUGCAUUUUUUUCCAUGUGCAAAUAUUUGUAGUUUUUGCAUAAAAUAAAUAUGCUGCACCAUAAGCCUGACUCUUUAGCCACAUACCCUCACUCCAGAAAAAAUACUUUGCUAUACCUUAUAAAAAGUAUGUACACAGCUCAGCCAUUGACAGUACUAAGUGAUCUGAACUACAAAGCCACCUGCAUUAGACCCAGGGAGACAUAUAGUAAGGAUCUCACUACCUGUUUGUAGUUUCUCUGACUGUCUGCAGCCAGGCUGUGAAUUAAAAACAGCUCACUCAGUGCUGUUGGAACGGUGUAUACACACUUGAUAAGAAAGUCUUUCUGGAGUGAGGAGGCAGGCUUACAGUGCAGCAUUCUGCAAAACAUUUAUAUUAUUGUGCAAAAAACUAUAACGAUUUUAGUGUGCAAACAAAUACAGCAUGUUAAUCAAGCCAAAAUAUAUCAAAUGCAUUCAAUUUUGUAGUGGUGUCCAUAGUGUCCCUUUAAGGCCUUUUAAAUGUUCUGAUAAUUAGAUCCAUUAAAAAAUAGGAAGCCACAGAUAGAAGCAUUACGGAUCUAUUACAAAAAUCAGAGAGCAACAGUAAGUGUAAUUUACAUAACUUCUGUCAAUUACUUAGUAGUAUAUACCGUAUGUUCCCUCUUUUCUUCAGGGUCUACUAGUCUAUAAAAACACCACAGUUCACUUUAACAACUCCGUGUUCUCCCCUUCACUGUUAACGGAAGACCGGAUGCUAUACUUUUGGUUCUCUGAAGACGUGCUGAACUCCUUAGCCUUGGCUGCUUUUCUGGAUCAGCGGUUUGUACUUCUGCUCACAGGACAUGAACUAAAGGUAAUAAAACCUUAAACUUCAGUUGGCCCAGAUGUCUAACCUGCAAAUAUUGGGUCUACUAACACAGUGCUGCCAUGAAUUAGUUAACAGGAAGGGUCUAUGGCGAUUUUGUGGCUCCUAUGAAAGGUGUAAAGGAAAAAAAAAGAGGCACUUUGAUGAUCAAUCAAAAGUUCAAUAUUUGAAAAUGUCAAAAGUUUCAACUAAGACCCUAGUUUUCUUAUUAAAGCUGAGAUUUAGAGAUAAGAUCUAGAAUAUAAACCCAAGAAAUAAGUACUUUCAAAGUCAAUUGGACCACCAGUCACUAACCAUUCUUGUGCAAGGAGUCUUUGGAUAUAGUCCUCCUUAGAUUUUGCCCAGCUGUCUAGCACAACACUCCCAGCCUAUCAUUGUAGUCCAUUAACAGAAUAAUGUUAAACUUGGUGUAUACCCUCUACAGGGUUGCAAGAGUUGACCCUGAGCAUGUGCUUACAUCAUACAGGGUUGUCAAACAUGCGGCCCCCCAGAUGUUGCUGAACUACAACUCCCAUGAUUCUUUCAAUGAAACAGAUAGCCAGGGAAUCAUGGGAGUUGUAGUUGAGCAACAUCUGGGGGGCCACAUGUUUGACACCCCUGUGCCUUCCUUAUUGGAUUUACUAUUUGUGUAACAAAUCCAAAAGUUGUUACUCCCCACUUGUUGUUCUUGAUCUUUCUGCCAGUUUUGACACUGUUGACCAGCUGCUUCUCCUGCUCACUCUUGGAGUCCUUGGCGACAGCGCUUUUUCCUGGUUCUCUUCCUAACUCUCUAACUGAUCCUUCAGUGUCUCCUCCUCUGGUCCUUGUCCCCAUCUGUACUUCUCUCAGUUGGAGUUUCUCAAAGCUUUGUGGAGAUACCUUUUCUUUUCUCAAUUUACACAAUCUCUUGAUGACUUGAUAUCCUAUGGCUUUCAAUAUUACCCAUACGUUGAUACCCAGAUUUACCUCUCCUGCUUGAUCUUUUUCCCUAUCUACUGAUUAAUGUCACCGUCUGCCUAUUUCCUGUCUCUGACUAGAUGACUUCACAAUUCCUAAACCUCAACCUCAUCAAUACUGAACUCCUUGUCUUUCAUCCCUCUACAUCUGCCCCUCUUUCCCUUUAGGUCAACAGAACUAUCAUAACCUUCACUAUGCAGGCACGUUGUCUUGGUAUGAUCUUUGACUCUAAGCUUUCCUUCACCCAUUACAUAAAAUCUAUCACCAAAUCCUGUUGCUUUUACCUUAAAAACAGUCUUGUGUUCACCCCUUUCUAACUCAAAAGAUGCUUGUCCAUGCUUUCAUUGUUUCCCACCUUGAUUAUUGUAAACUUUUGCCGGUUGAUCUGAAAAGUGUCCAGAUUGCCCCUCUGCAGACCAUAAUUAACACCACUGCCAGACUCAUCUACCUUAUAUCGGGCAACUUUCAGACCUCGCCACUCAACCAGUCUCUACACUGACCUUCCUGUUUCACUUGAGAUUUGGUUCAAAGUUCUACUACUUACUUACAGAGCUCUCCAUAACCAAGUCUUUGCUCAUCUCUCUUCCUCUUUAGCAGAUAUGUUCCAUCCUGCUCCAGUUUGCUCCGCCAUCUUGUUAGUUGUUACUGUCCCGUUCUCAUAUCUGCACUCCAGACGUUCGUCUGUAAGACUUCUCCAGGGUUGUCCCUUCCUUAUGAAAUGCCCUCCAAUGCCACAUAUGACUCUCCCCAUCUCUGCAGUCCUUUAAAUAAAUACCUAAAUAAACACUUCUUGUCCCUUAACCUCCCCCAUCCAUGAUAAUCUUCCAUUGCACUCCUUCCUCCCAAGCAACCAUCCCAUCCUUUCAUUUAUAUCCAGAUAAUUUUAUUCCCUCCCUUCCGUCUGUCUAUUUGUCCCUCAUCCUUGUUGACUCUAAGCUCGUUUGGCCUCUUCACUUACAGGUCACAUAUGUCAAACAUGUUAUUUUAGAAUCAAUAUUGUCUUAUUUUACCUUUUGUCCAGCACUGCGGAAUAUGUUGGCACUAUAUAAAUAAGUUUAAUUGUCACUUUUACCUUCACCUUUAUUUUUUUAAAACAAAUUCCAAAACCACUUCCUAUAUCCAUACGAUGAACUCCCAAAUUUGUAUCUGGUUAUAUACUCUGCUGCCAUCUACUGAAUACAAUGUAAAUUGAAGUUACUAAAAUUGACUUUUUGAGAUUGACAGUAUAUUGCAAUGAUGCAGGGAUGGAUUGCCAAAUUAACCCAAGCCCAUCAAAUGAUUUGUGCAGAAAUCGAGGAAGCGUCAAACCACGUAAAAACGGUUUUAAAAAAACCAACAUGAUGGCGUGGGAUCCCAAAGACUCCUUGCACCUUAACCACUGCACUAAGCUGUAAUAGUUUCGGUGUUUAGAAUGUCUCAGAAUAACUGCGUUGGCGGUCCAAUUAAAAUGCUUAGGAGUUAAACCAGAAGUCAACCAAAAUGUUAAUAAUGCAGCAAAAAUUGGCACGAUUCACGUAAAUAUUUUUCUGGAGAAAAUCUGAGCUGUCACUCACACGAUGGGGUCAAAUCAUCAUCUUAAUGGAACACCCAAUGUUAUCAACACAAACUAUUUACUAUUCUGUUCAUUGAUCUAGUACUUCCAGGAAGAAACCAUAUUCCACAAAGCUGCCCAAAUAUCUAGAUCUUAGACUGGACAGAGUCAGGUGACUGUUUCUCCAUCACUCCUUUAAGUUCCAAUACAUUAUACUCAUAGAAAAGUCAUUACAAAACAGCCUUCAUUUAAAAAAAACAUUCUUAAUGUUACCUAUGGAUGGUGCACUAACAUCAGGGACAAGUACAGAACAAAACUGCUUACAUUUUGUAUGUUUUGGAGAUCUUUGCACAGGUAGGAUGCUGAAAUGUUACUGCAUAUUGUGUAAAACGACCAGCUGAUAUUAUAUAUAGGCAAGACUGACCCCACCUCAUUAUAAGUAGUAAAAUCACAUUAGAAUUGUUGGACUUCCUACCUGUGAUCCACCAGGUGCCGCUCCUUACCUCUACUACUACUGUUAGAGAGCAUCUAGCUUUCUUGCAUAAGGUGGGGAGAAGCAUCCCUCUGACAGGGCCGGUGCAAGGAUUUCUGCCACCCUAGGCACUCACUCACAGUCACACACUGGCAGACACACACACACACACACUCACUGACAGACACACUCACUGACAGACAUACACUCACUCAAUGACAGACACAGACAGGCAGACUCACUGACAGGCGCACACACACAGGCAGACACUAACAUACAUACACUCACUCACUGACAGACACACACAAGCAGACACUCACUGACAGGCACACAUAUACACUGACAGAAACGACACACACACACACACACAAUUACAUUUUUUUGAGGCCCAUCCAGCCUCUCUACCUCUGUGGGGUCCAGUGUGGGGCAGCUCCUCACUACUUGAGCGCGCACUUUAGAAUGUUGGGGCGGAAUGACAUUAUAUUCCGGCUCCUGGCAUCACAGAGGGCGCGUGAGGGAGGAGCGAGAGGCUGCAAGAACAGCCUUCUUCGCCGCCUGCCUUCUCCCCCUCCUCAGGUCACCAGCAUUUGUUGGCAGAGCAGGCACCUGCCAUCAAGGUAAGCAGGUGCCUGCCCUGCUUUACCUAGCGCUGCAUUGGGGGCACCCUGGGGUGGACAGAUAGCCAUCUACUGGCUCCCCGUGACAGGGAUCUUCUCGACGCCCCCACCUUCGGGUGCCAUGAGGAACGGCCCGGCGUUGGCUCAAGAGCCGCUCGCCCCGCGCUGCGGCCCCAGACAGGGGUAGGCAGCCCACCAGGAAUCAUCCCAGUGGGCACACCCAGCAGGCCGGCACCCUAGGUGAAUGCCUAGUUCACCAAAAGGUUGUGCCGGCCCUGCCUCUGAACCAGGGAGAAGAGUGCCACAGCGGGGUGUAGUAAUUAUGGAGCUCUGAGUACAUUGCCAGACUAAAAAAACUGUCUGAAUAUAAACCAAAAUAAAACUCAUAAAAUAUAUCUUGCCUAUGAUUGGGAUUCGAUCUAUAAUUGAGUAAUAUGUGACUAAUGGUGUCUGGUGUCUGCUUAUUUCAGGAAAUCUUGAAAGAUGAUAUAGAAUCUAACCAGGAAAUCCUACAAGAGGUAACAAAUAAAAUGUUAACAGCUAUAUUGAUCACAUUAAUCGCUACAUUGUGAACUUAAUUCAGGCUAACAUAGUCAAACUGUGACUAUCGCUAUGUUGGUGAAUUCUUCCAAAACAACAACUUUUGACGAGAUUUUGCAAUUCAGUUUCCAAUUCACCAUCUUUGGAUAUCUAUUGAAAAAUUCCUGUGUAUCUGAUUGAAGCCCUGUGCCUUAAAAUAUUUGGGUCUUCUAUGGACUAACACAUCACCUAGUGCAACAUUGUUUUCAAUAUAAGGAACUCGAUUUCACAGAUGUGCUACAACAAAAAAGAUCCUAACAUCAUAAUCUUCAGGAAGACUAGGGCUAUUUACCAACGUGAGAACUGUCAGAAAUCCAAAGUGAAUUUCAAAUUUAAGGUCAUAGGAGCCGAACUGGAAGCACAGGUGAAUUGGAGAAUUUUUCCAGUUAAUGUUGUUUUGACCUUACAUUUGAAAUUCUCUUCGAACUCACUUUGAAUCCUAAAUCAAAUUCCAAAGGUUUAACAGAGUGUAGUGCAAAACAGAAGGAGUUUUACUCAGGAUCAGGAGAUCAAAAUGAUAUACAGCAUUUUUGGCAUCAAGCCUUAAAAGAACACUAUAGGGUCAAGAACACAAACAUGUUUUGCUGACCUUAUAGUGUUAAAAACACCAUAGGAGAGCAUCGUAUUGGCUGAAAUGGUCAAUUCUGAUGAUCUCAGCCAAGGAGGAGGGACGGGGGCGGAGCCAAAUGCAUCUCUGGCCAAUCAGCAUCUCUAUAGAAAAGUUCAGCAGGAGACGCAGAAUGUCAGUACUGCACACUGUGCAGCACUGACCGUGGAAGCACCUCUAGUAAGCCAUGUGAGGAGUGGCCAGUGGAGUUAUCCCUAGGCUGUAAUAUAGACAUGCUGCUUUUUGUCUGAAAAGGCAGAUUUUACAGCAAAAAGCCUGCAGGGACUGACCAUACUCACCAGAACAACUACAUUAAACUGUAGUUGUUCUGGUGACUAUAGUGUCCCUUUAAUCAUGUAGCCAACCUAACUUUAAAUCCUGACAAAUCUCACUUUAGUAAAUAACCCUGUAAAUUGGUAAAAUGACUUUAGGAAACGAAUUGUAUAAUAAAAGCUUGCUGAGUUUUCAAGAAUCCUAUUGAUAAUCAAAGGACCAUUAAUUGCCCUACAUUCAAGCAAGGUUUUCAAAUAUUAACCUAUGGGCUGGAUAAACUCUAUGUAAUUCAUAGACAUCUGUCGUGUAAAAAUGAUUCAUUAAGGUCACAGAUCAUUCCGCUAUUGAGUAUAUUGUCAAAGGAAACAUUAGCACAGUAUUCAAAGAGCAAUAUAUAAUUAAUGCUGUGUUGUUAAUUAUAAAUUUAUUAUUAUGCCGACAUUGUUAAGUGUCAACGUAGUUCUUACAGUGCUCUAUAAUGUCACGGAAGGGGAAAAAAAGGCUUAUUUUAGACAUUUAUGAUAAGUGUUGUGAUUGUUUGAGUUUUUCAUUAAGAUAAAAUGUUUACAAAAAAAAUGUAAAGACUGAGUUGAAACUUCACUGAAAGUAUAUAGAAUGAAAAGAUGUAUGUGAUUAUAGAAAUGUCUUGUGUAAGUGCCAAUGUUUGGUAAAUUAGGCAAAGGGUAGCGCUUCCAUUCUCAGAUACCCAUAGUAUAGAGCAGGCAUAGGCAACCUUCGGCACUCCAGAUGUUUUGGACUACACCUCCCACGAUGCUUUGCCAGCAUUAUGGGUGUAAGAGAAUUAUGGGAGAUGUAGUCCAAAACAUCUGGAGUGCAGAAGGUUGUCUAUCCCUGGCAUAGAGAGUGAGUUAAUCUAUGCAUCAGCGAUACUUGCAUCUAAUAGAACAACCAGGAGAUAUAGAUCGCUGAAAAGGAACAUGGUGAGAACCUCCCUAUCUCUUCUUCCAUGAACCAUUAAUCGGGACAUAUAACCUUGAGGGUGGGGCCGGCGGACCUUUGAAAGAAAGACAAAAGCGAAUCUACAAGAAAUUAUGGCUUAUUUUAAGCAAAUAGACACCGCAAGUCCUGCUUGUUAUAGCUUACAAUUUAUUAACAAUCAUUAAUCCCCUCCAGGGCGAAACAUAAGAUAAUUUCACGGCUUGCAAAUAAUUAUGGGUUACCCUAUAUAAAAUUUUAUAUUUUUAUAUCCACCUUUAUAAAUAGCUGAAUUUUGCAAAUGUACCUAUAGUGAUCUAAAAAAUUCCAAACAUCACAGUUCACUAAAUAAACCACAAGUAUUUUUAAGUAUUUCUCCGUUAAAGAUAGCUUGCUGUGAAUGUCAUAUUACUGGCCCCUGCAGGGUUCUUUUAUUAUUACAACUUCUGCAGACUGUUCCGGGAGGCUGUCCAUGCACCACUCCCUUCUAUAUAGUUAAGACUAGAGUUAACGAUCUCUCAAAGUGUAAUCAAAUAUUACAAGAAAGAUCAUUAUCGAGGGUUGGGAAAGGAGCAUCCAUUACAUCUAAGGGCUUGACAAAGUUAGAAGUCUGGUAGCCAUAUAUAUAUAUAUAUAUAUAUAUAUAUAUACCUACGUAUGUUCUAUCUUUUUUGGGGGUGGGUUGUCUUGUUUUAGUAGCCUAUGAAUGGUUUACUUAAAGGGACACUUUAGUCACCCAGACCACUUAAUCUCAUUGAAGUGGUCUGGGUGUAGUGACCCUAUCCUUUUAUCCCUGCAAUAUAGGGUUAAAUUCACCUCUCGUGUCUUUCAUAGUGACAGCCACUAGAGGACCAUCUAUUGCACUGACCUAGUAAACCUCGUGACGCAGAAGCCCUUAGGAAAACAUGAUAGGAGAGGGAAAGGACACCUUUAUACAAAUAGGGACAGGGGCACUGGAGCGUCAGAAAUACAAAACUGAAUUCCAACACUAUAAGGUUCUUUUAGGAGUUUGUUAAUUACUAGUAAAAUAAGAUGGGUCACAUGAUUCCUAAACCUAUAAUGAAUGUAGCCUGGUUUCUAAAAUUGUUAAGCCCUGCCUUAAAGAAGCACCCUAUGUACCAUAACCACUACAGCUCACUGAGUACCCCACUGUAACUAGUGAAACUGUGUUAGAGGGGUUUGACUUCUCACCUGGGGUGCACCCGGCACUGCUUCCUGUACAUGCUAAUUUCGACGGAGAGCUGGAAGUUACGUGUCUGAGCUAAGACAAGCAGGGCUUGGCUCUUUGGCUGCGAACAAAUAGCUGAUGCUCUCAGCCAAUUACAGAAGCUCUGCACUGCAGGGUAUAGCUAAGAGCUAACAGAAGCUCCAGCUUAGGAGCUUUCAGUUAUCCAUUAGUAGUGGAUGGGGAAGGGGAGGGGGGGGAGCAGCGCUGAGAGGACCCCAGCUAAGAAUUAAAAUCAUUCUAAAACUGUUUGGGAAGGGGGCACCAAACCAUUCCUGGUGCCAUAACUACCAAAGCAAGCAAUAGUGAUUAUGGUGCCUUUUUAAAGCACAUUUAACUCUCUAAUAAUGGGGGUGGGGGUGAGGAAUAUGGAUUUUAAAAAAAUGACAAAAUCACAGUCACAUAGGUUCUUUUCCUUGUACGAUACAAAGUGUGACUUAGACCGGUGUAUUCUGUUAGCUCACAAGUGUUUUGCUGGUCAUCUCAGAUCUUCCACGAAGCAUCAAGCAACAGUUCUCUAACAAAGGUGUGGAGCUUAACACCUCCUGAAAUUAGAAUCACCCCAAAAGGAACUCUGGUCACAUCAUCUGUAGCUGUCCAGCUGUCCACCUCUUUGGAUGAAAAACCCAAGUUAUAUUUUGAAACUGUAAGUGGUAAGGGUUACAACACACUUUGUUAAUCUCAAAGUUUAGAACGACUAAAAAUUCCACAUACUCUUACUCCAAUAUCAUGGAAAGUAACAGUUUAUGUCAUGAGAUAUAACACAGUGUAUGUUCCUGAAGAUCUAACAUCUCUUUUUCAUUCUACCAUUUUGUGACUGAUAUGUAUUAUAGAAAAACAUAGUCUAAUAAAAUAUUAAAAAACACUUAUUGUAAAGUAUUCACAUUUAUAAACAUAACAGUACUGAUCUCACGUCUAAAAUGAGUGUUAAAAAUGCAGGCGUUUUUGUAUAGGCGCAGUCAGAUGGGCUAAUGGAAAGGAGCAACAAGUGGGCCCCGUCCAAUAUUUUAUUAUUUUUAAGUUAUGUCUGUCGGUGAAGGUUUGUCAUGUUUACUUCAUGCACUUGCAUUGUAUUACAGGACGUCAUCACUACAAUCCAAGCUUCUUAUGCAAAUAAAAAACUAAGAUUACACCUUGUGGAUUAUGUGUAAGUUAACAUCAAACAUGCUACAUUCUUUUUAUGGUUUAGUGGGCACAGAGAGGGUAGAAAUGUUCUUACAAGUAUGUCUCUCUUUUCCACAGAGUUCACAUCAAAAAUGUCAUUAGCUCCUUACAGAUAUCUACGGUGGGUAUACGGGAAACUUGGUGAAAUUUGAAGGCACAUAAUUACAAGUAAAAGUACAAGGAAACAGAUAAAUACUGGAUUUCUUUUUUCAGGAAGAGGAUCAGAAGGAGGCGGCCUUGAACCAGUUUCUCAAUAAAAUCGUAUCAAAGUUUGGGAUCCCAACAGUUAUAGAACGUAAGUUCCUUCUGCAGGUAACUUAUUAACAGAACGUGUUGAAUGAUCAAACCCAAUAAUGAUAAAUGUGCCACGUAGAGACAUAGUAAUGCAGGAGGACUAUGUGCAUCUAUUUUCACGAACGCUUCCCUUUUUUUAUCAAACGCGAAUUAUUAACACUAACAGAAAUAUUAUACACAAACACAAGCUCCUUAUGUACGGAUCACUGGGGACAUAAUUUUCACUUGUCCAUCGUCUUAGCUAUAUCAGUUAGUCAAAUAUCGACUAAUUCACACGCAAGUUUGCACUGUCUGUAUUUACUGUACCUUUUAUCAAGCUUGUUUGAUUAAAUACUAACCGUGUAAUUUCAACUGUACAGCGUGGUCAUGUUCUAUAAAUCUUAACAUCACGGCUUGAUAGGGGUCAGGUUAUCAUAGCGCCUAGAAAUUGCUCCUGGCGAAAUGGCUCACACUACAUUACCUAUACUCCUUUCUAUCAUUCAAAUAAUAGAUGUCAAAUGCUCCAUGCACACAGUACAAUGUAUACUUGCCUACUGCUUAAUACGGCCACUAAAUGCACUCAGACCACUUCAUACCAAUGAUCCUGUUAUUUUAACCCUGCAAAGUAAAAUAUUGUAGUAAUGUUAUGUUUACAUUAGAGGGUUAAAGAAAACUGUAGCUUUAUAGAAACUGUAACGUUUGCAUUGCAGGGAUAAACACACUUUUAAUGGCUUUCAUACUGACAAUCACCAGAGACGCUUUCUCUACAAUGACUGAGUAAUACUUAGUCACGUGAGGUUUCAGCUUAUAGGAAAUGAUUAGAUUUAAUGGUUUCCAUAUGAGAAGCAUUUGGAAGCGUGCACAGUACUUGUUGCGCAUGCACAGUACUUGUUGCGCAUGCACACCAGUUCCCGAUGUUCCUCUAAGAGGAGCAUUAGAUUGGCCAUUGGCUCUAGAGCCAGAUGACGUUGCGGGAGGCAGAGAAAUGGUAAUGACACUGCAGCAAUCAAAAUACAGAUUUGUAUUUCAGACGGUACAAUGUUCUUCUAAACGUGCUGCUUUCACCUGCGUUACAGAUCACUCACACUGAUCAUGCCGCAUAGCCAAAUGGGAACUAUAGAUAUAGGGAGCAUAAAGAUCUCUGCACUUCAGAAACAACAGGUAUUUAAAAGAGUACUUUAGACACCUAAUGCACAAUAGUCUUAUGCGUGAAGACUCUGGCUGUCAAUCAGACAGUCAGUCCUGUUACUUCCUGGUUUGGUUAGCUCAGUGGAGCUAAACUCAAGAGGCAGCAAUUGCCCAGAACACCUACCUUGUAAAGACUUCUCUUUGAGUUGUAUUGGGAAGUCUGGGCAGGUUUAGAAGAGGGGGGAGGGCUUGUAAAGUCUACAUAUAAGAGAUCUGCAUGUUUUGCAAGCUGUUUUUAGAUAUAACCCUAAUGGAAAAAAAUGCACGAUUAAAUGCCUGCAUGUUUUCAUUGGGGUUAUAUUUACUAAAUAGUGAGUUUUAAACUUAUUUUGAAUUUGGGUAGUGGAGUGUUGUUUUAAUGUAUGUUUGUUAUUGUUGCUAGAUGUGUUGUAUUGAUGCUGUAUUUACUACAAUUGCCAUUUUGAGUUCUAUAUGCAUUAUUAUGGAUUAUGCAUGUGAUAUAGGCAUUAUGUACACUGUGCAUGUUAUGUGGGUGCCACACAAGUGCUGUAUUCAAUGUGGGUGAUACUGCAUGCAAUGUGAGCUUGUACCCGCACUAUGUAAGCUCCAGUGCCUCUUUUACUAUGAAGGCACCUGAUGCAGAGUAAUCAGAGGACCUGCCUUGCUUAGCAUUAGAUAUGGAGACUCCAGUUGUCUAUUUUGAAAACUGGACAAUUGCUUUAAAUAACUUCCAAUGGAUGACGGCAGAUAGAAAAAUAUUGAAAAACCGUUUUCAAUUCUCUACCCUACAAUAGUAUGGGAAGAAGUUUCUGCAAGACGUUUCCACUUUAAGAGCUGUCUACAUUAAAUUUUACACAAAUAGCACUAGUUUAGGGUGUGUAUUCACAUAUUUUUUAGGCUCUCUAUUUAGAUUCAGUGGAAACAAUUUUUUUGGAUUUAUUAAAAUAGUUUUUUUUCCUUUCAGGAUUGGAGCCAGCCUUGACGUCUCUAAUGAACAGUAAAGGGCUCUAUUUGUUUGAGAUUAUAAAUCCGGAGAUAAUACCAUAUCAGGUGAUGUAUUUUUUUCAUUUUUACAUUUGGCUUUCUGUGAUGCUGAAUUUACCCCCAUGCGUAGGGCUGUGCUUAUAACGGGGUAAAUAAGCAUUUGUUCUGGUUCCCAUUGCCAGCUUACAAUAUUUAUUUAUUUAGUUACCAUUGACUGAUACAAGUAGAUUAACAUGGAAGAGUUAACAGACUACAAAAGAAUUCAAAGUUUACUAUGGCAGACAUGGGAAAUUAAAAGGAAACUGCACCACAACAACUUUAUCUUAAUGAAACAGUUUUGGUGUAUAGAUCAUGCCCCUGCAGUCCUCUCUGCUCAAUUCUCUUCCAGUUAGGAGUUAAAUCACUUUGUUCAUACAGUCAUUGUCACACCUCCUUGCAUGUGCCUUGCACAGUCUUCCUAAACACUUCCUGUAAAUUGAGAUCUAAUGUUUAUACUUCCUUUAUUGCACAUUAUGUUUAAGUUAGAAUUUAUUGUCUCCGGCUCUGUUAAUAGCUUUCUAGACAUUGCAGGAGCCUCUUGUGUGUUCUUAAAGUUCAAUUUACGGAGAAGGCGAUAACUACCUCUAAAGCAAGUUAACAUCCUAUUGAACAUUAAGCAAUUUAUUUAAUGCAGGCUGUGUCGGUCACAACCAAUAAAGGCAUGGCUAGGGCUGCAAAAACAGAAACAAAGGAAUUUAACUCCUAAAUGGCGGAGAAUUGAACAGUGAAACUGCAGGGGCAUGAUCUAUACACAAAACCGACUUCAUUAACCUAUAGUUGGUUUGGUGACAAUAGUGUCCCUUUAAAGGCAACAUACAACCAGCUUUGAUUCCACAGUAUUCCCUACAUAAUUGGAAGUCUGUUGUACUUUAUUUGGAAUUAUUUAUUGCUUAGAAUGCCGUGUAACAAAAUGGGAAAAAAAAAACUAAAGUAUAUAUAAAAACAAAACAUACCUGUGGAUUUGAUAGAUGUGCAUCCUAGUGCUGUGAAUUUAAUGGUUAAUUGCCUGAUCUCUAGGGGGCAGUGCAGGAAACUCCAUAAAAUCAGUUACAAAUCUGAGAUUGCACUCUCUGAGUUAGAUAUGCCUCAGUUAUGUCAAUACCUGACCCACUUACAGUCAGCAAAUUAGAUCAGUGGUAUCUCAUUAUACGGAGUGCUCACUUUUAGAAUAUGCCAGGGGCCUAGUGUGCUAAAUUUGCUACAUUAUAAAUACCAAUAAUUAUAACGUAUAAUAUAGCGCCAACUUAUUCCGCAGAGCUUUACAAUAUUAUAAAGACGUAAUUGUGACAAUGAGAUUAAAGGGGCCAUUGGUUGAUGAGGACCCUGCGCAAAAUAGCUUUUAAUCUAGAGAUCCACGAGAAUGUGUCAUAAUGCAUGGCUAGAACUGGUAAUAGAGACGUUCUGCUCAUUUACGAUUUGUAUUUUUUUACGUAGGGUUAUUUGAUAGUCCAAAUGGAUUUUGGAUUCCCUCAUCAUUUGCUUGUGGAUUUCCUUAAAAAAUCAAUGUAGAAGAAGAUUUUCACAACGAGAACCAACUAUAACUCAAGACAUCGUAGAUUGUUUGAAUAUAAGCAAAUAAUGUGAUGUGCAUAUCCCAAUAGGUUUCCGUCUGCCAAUUUAUAUUACUGUUAAAUAAUGGAAAAAAAAAAAAAAUGCCUAUUUACAAAGAUUGAAAUGCUUGUAUUUAAAUGGGGAGCCUUGAUGCGUCCAUUGACCUACAAACCAUGAAUUCUGAAAUCACAUUAGAAAAAGGGGUAAAAUGAAUGACCACUUAUUACAUACAUAGAAGAUACAGAACCAGCAGUUAUAAAGACCCUGGCCAAGUGCAUUCCCCUUUAAUCAUACCUGUUUAUUUCUGACCAUAAGGACGCAUCCUGUAUGAGAGAACAGUGCAACAUGCAUGUGAUAUGUUUUGUUAUAUUUUAUAUAGAACUGUGUUCCUGCAGCAUGCAAAGGUGACCACAACAAUGAGUGAGCAGGAAGUCAAAAUUGGAAGAAAAAAAAAUGGUAGCUACAUGCAGGAUGAAAAAAAAAAAAAAACUAGUUAGAAGAAAUAAAUAAAAAAAAAAAAGCAGACUUAUUUCUUCAAAUUGAUAUUCGUCACCCCUUAAACUGACCAUAUACCCUGUAUAGUAAGUUUAAGUCAUUAGUAUCUGUUCUAGCCAUAGCCUAGUAGUGCGAAUACCUUGAGAUCAGGAACAGCCCAGUACAUCUCCAGUCUCAACCAGCAG